AUGUCUAAACUUAUUAGCAAAGGUAGUGUAUAUCAGAGUUCAGAGAUGUGGUCGAGAUCGAAAGAGUUGUUUGGUGUUGUGAGUGUUGUGUUAUUUUUGCCGGGAAUUAGAGGUAUGGCUGGAACGAACGCUUCUAGUGCAUAUUCUGCCGUUUUUGUCACAACACCAAAUGAAGACGUAGCGAAGAAACUGGCUCACGGACUUGUCAACAAAAGAAUGGCAGCAUGUGUGAACAUUAUUCCUAAAAUAACCUCUGUGUACUUAUGGGAGGGUAAAGUGAAUGAGGACAGUGAAGUAUUAAUGAUGAUCAAAACGAAAACAUCAAGAGUGGAAGACCUAACAAGCUACGUUAAGGAGAACCAUCCGUAUGACGUGUGUGAAGUUAUAGCGUUACCCAUUGAAAAGGGUAACGCUCCUUACUUGGACUGGAUAAAUGACACUGUGACCGAAAAAUAA